CGGUGGUAGUCGCUGCUCUCUCGCCUUAUAUAUAUUUCCAGUUUUUGAUGACUACAGUGUUACUUAUGUUGAUGUUAAAAUUCUGUUGGUGACCAUAUUAUUAUAUAUUGUGUUGCCAACGAACGUGUUGCCUGCACAAUUGUCAGUGAAGGAAUUUCGUGACAACGAAUUGAUUAAACUGUAAAAAUGUUUCGUAAGUGUUAAAUACGUUAGCGAGGUGUGGUAGAAGUGCACUAGCGGUGAGUGUGGUAGGAUGGACCGGAGGAGCAGGAUGUUGGUGAGAGCGCUGAGGCUCCUGGCGACGCCAUGUUGAUGGCCGCAGUAGUGCCUAGAGAUACGGUGGUCACUUACAAGCCUCCUCGCGGAACUAAGGUCAACCUCAGCACCGCACACCACGUGGCUCUCGCCGAUACGGGCGCCGUGAGCCCGGUGAAGGGUGAACCGGUCUCCGAGGACGACCAGUCGCCUACUCAUGCCAGCCGAGGGAGACUUAAAUCCAUCCAGAUUCAUAGUCCCCAGCUGCCACCCGCUGCCGGUAGCGUCACCAACCAUAUCAUCACCGCUGAACUCAACCACACGUCGGGUUCUCUCUACAACUUGUGCCAUGCUACCAAUAACGGGAGUGUGGCCCAGCUGGCCCGGGCCGCUAUCACCCGAGCCAACUCCCGCCGGGCUACCCUUAUAUCACAGAAGUCGAGUACCAGUACGAACGUCUCUGUAGAUAAGACCGAACAUCCAUCUAGAUCACCUACAUCCUUCAGCCGAACUACCAGCUUGUGUUGCGACGCGAACGACUCGAGGCCGAACAGUAUCCACAGCAGCACCACCACUGAAGAGAUAAAUCUGGCGAUCCCACUGGAUGAAGAAGAGAGGGUGGAGGUAGAGAGAGAGGCCCAGAGUUCCCAGGUGUUAAUGCUUAAAUCACGCAGCGUGACCUUGACGCCAGAGGUGGUGUCGCAGCAGCCACCGCUACGGGAUCAGCACGGGUUGCCGCGACCUCUCGACCUCACGCCCUCCAGCCUCCAGCAGCGGCGCUCCGGCCUCCUCUUGGACCAGGCUCGCCGCGCCAACUAUCGAGCUAACAAAAAUGUCUCGUUCGACAAUACAACACGGACAGAAGUGUACGAGACGGAGUUGACAGAAUCUGAGACAGACGAGCGCGAGUUCGUGCGGUUAAUGAGUCAUUGGGAGCGGCGUGCCCAUCUGCGGCUGCCUCUUACAGCCGAAAACGAUUACUGUCCGCCUGGCAAGGAAGAGCUCGGCUUUCUGCCUAAGGUCCUGUGUUUUGUCUUGGCGCUGGUCAUCACGGGAGGCAUCCUGUAUGGCUUCAAUCUUGUCAUCUCCCAUAUGAAUAUGAAUCUCUUCUCCGCAUGAGUACUCUUCA